CGAGCGAGUCACAUGAUCAGCUGACGACUGCUUCUCCUCUGAUGGAUGCAGGAUCUCCAGCCGUCACCGUUUCGAAGGGUUUACGGGAAUUAGUUCAUUUUCAGAAUACAACAGUUUAACAGUAUAUCACACGACCGCUUUAGGUUUGUUUGUGUGAGAAGCAUUAGAUAGUAAAACUGGCGUUGUUGCUGGACUGGAUGAUGAACGGGCACGCGAUUUUAUAUACCGGGGUCACUCUGGCCUUCUGGACGACCAUCCUGAUCGUCGGUACUUGCUAUACAAUUUUUGAUCUUGGAUUUCGAUUUGAUGUGGCAUGGUUUUUAACAGAGACUUCUCCCUUUAUGUGGGCUAGUCUUGGAAUUGGCCUGGCCAUUUCUCUAUCGGUUGUUGGAGCUGCAUGGGGGAUUUACAUCACUGGAUCCAGCAUUCUUGGUGGAGGAGUCAAAGCCCCAAGAAUCAAGACCAAAAAUCUUGUCAGUAUUAUCUUUUGUGAAGCUGUUGCCAUUUACGGGAUCAUCAUGGCAAUUGUCAUUAGCAAUAUGGCAGAGAACUUCAUUGGUACAACUCCAGAGACUAUUGGUGCAAGAAACUACCAAGCAGGUUACUCUAUGUUUGGUGCCGGCCUCACUGUUGGCUUCUCAAACCUCUUCUGUGGCAUCUGUGUUGGCAUCGUGGGCAGUGGAGCCGCCCUUGCUGAUGCUCAGAACGCCAGCCUUUUUGUCAAGAUUCUCAUCGUCGAAAUUUUCGGCAGUGCCAUUGGUCUGUUUGGAGUGAUAGUAGCCAUUUUGCAGACGUCGAAAGUAAAAAUGGGAGAUUAAAUGACAACAAGACCUACGGAUCAAAGAUGCUGUUUCGGUGCAAACUGAGGGUGUAAAUACAUAGUAAAUUAUUUAAAUGUAUUUUUCUUUGUGUCUGUUUUUAAACCAUCAUUUUCUGAAGAUUCAAAUAUUGUAUGUGCACCAAUUUGUCUUAAAAAGAGUGCAUGGAACAGUCACACGUAGUUUGGAAAGAUAUCUCUGCAAGUAAAUAUAUGGAAAAAAUGUCUUUGCUCAUUCAUCCAUGAUGACCGUUAUAUCAAUCAUUCUUGAUCUUUUAAUAAAAUAUAUUUUAUUUGUUAUAAAAGUAUAGUCCAAAUAAUAUAGAACAAACCACCGAAGAACCAAAGUUUUGGGGUCUGUUUCGAAAUAUAGGGUAUUAUGUUUGUAAUCACAAAUUCGAUAUUGUACGUUGUGAUUGUUUAGUACAGUACAGACAAAGUGAAAAUUGCAAUCGUGUGGUCAUUUGCAUUGAAUGGCUGUAAGUCGUUUAGUAUUCUCUUGAUUCCUGUAUGCAAGAAGUGCUUGAAAAAGCGUGAACAGCACCUGAUGUAUCUAUCCAGUGUGCUUGACUUGUUUUCAGUCUCUGAAAACUGAAUUCAAGUAAAUGCUGUGUCUAAGACAACAGUUAUCAAAUAGAAAUAAUCUUGUUUCUACCAGUGUAAAAUUUCAAAUUUGCUUUAUUUCUGUUUGUUUAAAAUAAGAGGAUAUAGUAAUCUUAUGUGUGUACAUACUAAAGCAGUUGUUUGUUUGUUUGUUUUUGUGAUGCAUGGGUGUGUAAACCAUUCUGUAUUUGCCUAGAUACAUGUCUUGUGAUUUUUUUUAUUUAUUCUUUUUUUUUUAAAGCAAAAAUUAUCUUCAGCUCCAGAUCACUAUAUGGUUACUGUAGGAUCUCUUUAUCUAAGCUGUGUGAAAGAUAUGCAACAUUAUAUUUGCUGGUAAGGUCGUCCAUAAAACAUGAUUGCUUUUCAGAACAGCAUUGCACAGUUAACAGCUAUUGAGAUUGGCUGUAGACCUUGGUCAAGUUAAUGCCAUAUUUAAUUUGUUGUGUGGAUGAUGCUUUAGGGAAUGGACAUCCAGCAAGACACAUGACAGUAUAACAGACUGCAUGUUUAUCCCUCACAGCAGUGUAUUUUCACUUAAAUUAAAAUGGGAUUGACCCAGAUGAAGUACAAACUUACUAACCCUUAAGUAAACGCUUUUCAGAAUCAAGAACUUAGCUUUAAUGUCCAUAGUUUCAUUCUUUAUUGUCAAAUCAUACACCCCACCUCUAUAGCACUAUGGUCUUGUGAAUAGCUCCCAAUCUGGUGACCAGUCUGGUUUAUAGUUUUACACUGGGACGGUGGUGUGCUGGAUUUCUUCAUGUUUUGUUCAUAUGUUUAUUUUGAAACAUUCCAAACUGUACCUGGGUUUUAAUGUCAACUUUUGGUGGUACGCACUGAUUUGAAAGGAACAUUACAGACAGGACCUGCCUGGAUUAGGUGUGUGUAUUUGUAGUGUAGUGGGUCAGGAGUCCUAUGGUAAAGAUGAUCUCAAACCUGUUUUUGAUGUUAAUGUGAUUCCAUUGUUUUGAUGUGAACAGUUGAAUCCUCUUCAUUAUUGUCCUUGAAGAAAUAAAUGAAAUGUUUAAAGCCA